UGUUCUUUCUUAAACUUUUAGGUGUUUCCAAUGUGGACAUCGAAGAGGCCAUUGCUUCUCCUUCUUAACAUGAUCCUAAUUUCCAAACUUGGGGCUAGAUGGUUUCCUAAAACUCUGCCCUGUGACGUCAGUCAGAAUGAUCCAAACACCCAAGUGAUUGUAGACUGCACAGACAAGCAUCUGACAGAGAUUCCUGGAGGUAUUCCCACCAACACCACUAACCUCACCCUGACCAUCAACCACAUACCAGACAUCUCUCCAGCCUCCUUCCGCCAGCUCGACCGGCUGGUAGAGAUCGAUUUCAGGUGCAACUGUGUACCUAUUCGACUGGGGCCAAAAGACAACAUUUGCAACAAAAGCCUGCAGAUUAAACCCGGAAGCUUCUCUAGACUCACUUAUUUAAAAUCCCUUUACCUGGAUGGAAACCAGCUUCUAGAAAUACCACAGGAUCUUCCUCCCAGCUUACAGCUGCUGAGCCUUGAGGCUAACCACAUCUUCUCUAUCAACACAAAUAAUCUAACAGAAUUGACCAACAUAGAAAAACUCUACCUGGGCCAAAACUGUUAUUAUCGUAAUCCCUGUAAUGUUUCGUUUUACAUCGAAAAAGAUGCUUUCCGAAAACUGCUGAAUCUAAAAUUGCUCUCCCUAAAAGAUAAUAAUAUUACAGCCGUUCCCACUAUUUUGCCCCCUACUCUAACAGAACUCUAUCUUUACAACAACAUGAUUGCACAAAUCCGAGAAGAUGAUUUUAAUGACCUUAAUCAACUGCAAGUUCUUGAUCUAAGUGGAAACUGCCCUCGCUGUUAUAAUGUCCCAUUUCCUUGUACGCCCUGUGAAAAUAAUUCUGCCCUACAGAUCCAUAUAAAUGCUUUUGAUGCAUUGACAGAAUUACAAAUUUUACGUCUACACAGUAACUCUCUUCAAUCUGUGCCCCAAGAAUGGUUUAGAAACCUUAACAAACUUAAAGAACUCGAUCUUUCCCAAAACUUCUUGGCUAAAGAAAUUGCGGAUGCCAAAUUUCUUUAUUAUCUUCACAACCUUGUCCAAUUGGAUCUGUCUUUCAAUUAUGAACUUCAGGUCUAUCGUGAAUAUAUGAAACUAUCAGAUGCAUUUUCUUCACUGAAAAACCUGAAAGUUUUGCGGAUCAAAGGAUACGUCUUUAAGGAGCUGGAAUUCUUUAACCUCUCCCCAUUACUUUCUCUCCCCAAACUUGAAGUUCUUGAUCUUGGCACUAACUUUAUCAAAAUUGCUAACCUCAGCAUAUUUGAACAAUUUAAAACAUUGAAAGUGAUAGAUCUUUCAGUGAAUAAAAUAUCACCUUCGGGAGAUCCAAGUGAAGUUGGCUCAUGUUCUAACACCAGAACUUCUGUAGGAGCUCAUGGGUUCCAGGUCUUUGAAGCCUUACAUUAUUUCAGAUAUGAUGAGUAUGCAAGGAGUUGCAGAUUCAAAAACAAAGAAACCCCUUCUUUCUCGCAUUUUAGUGAAGAGUGUUACAGUUAUGGGCAGACAUUGGACCUAAGUAAAAAUAAUAUAUUUUUUAUCAGGUCUUCUGAUUUUCAGCACCUUUCUUUCCUCAAAUGCCUAAACUUGUCAGGAAAUAGUAUUGGCCAAGCUCUUAAUGGCAGUGAAUUUCAGCCUUUAGAGGAGUUGAAAUAUCUGGACUUCUCUAACAACCGGCUUGAUUUACUCUAUUCCACAGCAUUUGAGGGGCUACACAAACUGGAAGUUCUAGAUAUAAGUAGUAACAGCCAUUAUUUUCAAUCAGAAGGAAUUACUCAUAUGCUAAACUUUACCAAGAACCUCAGGUUUCUCAAGAAACUGAUGAUGAACGACAACGACAUCUCUACCUCCACCAGCAGGACCAUGGAGAGCGAAUCUCUCAUAACUCUGGAAUUCAGAGGAAAUCAUUUAGAUGUCUUAUGGAGAGAUGGCGAUGACAGAUACUUCAAUUUCUUCAAGUAUCUGACCAACUUACAGGAAUUAGACAUCUCUGCAAACUCCCUUAGUUUCAUGCCUACUGGAGUUUUUCAUGGUAUGCCUCUAUAUCUAAAGACUCUUGUCUUGGUCAAAAAUAGGUUCACACAUUUCUGUUGGGAAAAUCUCCUGUAUCUGAAGCAUCUAGAAACUUUGGACCUCAGCUACAACCAGCUGAAAAGUCUCCCGGAUAAAUUAUCCAACUGUUCCAGCAGCCUCAAGAAACUCAUUCUUCACAAUAAUCAAAUUAGGUAUCUGACAAAGUAUUUUCUACAAGGUGCUUUCCAGUUGCGAUACCUGGACCUCAGCUCAAAUAAAAUCCAGGUGAUCCAAAAGACUAGCUUUCCAGAAAAUGUCCUCAACAACCUGGAGAUGUUGCUUUUGCAUCAUAAUCGUUUUUUGUGCACCUGUGAUGCCGUGUGGUUUGUCUGGUGGGUUAACAAUACCGAGGUGACUAUUCCUAACUUGGCUACGGAUGUGACUUGUGUGGGGCCAGGAGCACACAAGGGCCAAAGUGUAGUUUCUCUGGACCUGUAUACCUGUGAGUUAGAUCUGACUAACUUGAUUCUGUUCUCUCUCUCCAUAUCAGCAGCUCUCUUUCUAAUGGUGGUUAUGACAGCAAGCCACCUCUAUUUCUGGGAUGUGUGGUAUAGUUACCAUUUCUGCAAGGCCAAAAUAAAGGGGUAUCAACAUCUGAUAUCCCCAGACUCUUGCUAUGAUGCUUUUAUUGUAUAUGACACUAAAGACCCAGCAGUGACAGAGUGGGUUUUGGAUGAGCUGGUGGCCAAACUGGAAGACCCAAGAGAGAAACAUUUUAAUUUAUGUCUCGAGGAAAGGGACUGGUUACCAGGGCAGCCAGUUCUGGAAAACCUGUCCCAGAGCAUACAGCUUAGCAAAAAGACAGUGUUUGUGAUGACAGACAAAUAUGCGAAGACUGAGAAUUUUAAGAUAGCCUUUUACUUAUCCCAUCAGAGGCUCAUAGAUGAAAAAGUGGAUGUAAUUAUCUUGAUAUUCCUUGAGAAGCCCCUUCAGAAGUCCAAGUUCCUCCAGCUCCGGAAGAGGCUCUGUGGGAGUUCUGUCCUUGAGUGGCCGAGAAACCCACAGGCUCACCCAUACUUCUGGCAGUGUCUAAAAAAUGCCCUGGCCACAGACAAUCACAUGACCUACAGCCGGGUGUUCAAAGAGACAGUCUAG